AUGGAAUUGGCUCAUUGUAAUGAACUAGCGCAGACAUUAGCGAGAACAUUGUCUCCACUAUUCGGGGAACGUAGACGGGCGGAAAAUGUACUAAAGUCAAUGGAACACCAACCCGGGUAUUCCGUCUGUCUCCUUGUCCUUCUUCAAGAUCCCUCUCAGCCGAAGACUAUUCGACUUUCUGCUGCCACAACCCUCAAAAAUUUCAUCAAACGUUACUGGAAAACUGAAGCGGAAUCAGACAACCUAAUCCCAGAUGCUGAUCGCGAACAACUGAAGGCUCAGUUGAUCAAUGCAAUGCUGACUAGCACAGGAGCCAGCCAGCACAUGCUCUCCGAAGCCAUUGGUCUUAUUGGUCGUGAAGAUUUUCCCGCGCGCUGGCCUAGUUUACUUCCUGAUAUCAUUCAGCGGAUCACUCAACUUGGUACUGAGCUUGAUAGUGUUCAAGGUCUUCUCUACACAGCUCAUUCGCUUUUUAAACGUUAUCGGCACGAAAUGCGUUCCAAUGAGCUAUUUUUGGAAAUGAAGCUCGUUAUUGGCCAAUUUGCUGGACCCUUGACCACCCUGACUUUGAAUCUCAUGAAUUUGGUUGUUGGUCCCAAUCGUUCGACUAACGGCAGUCAGUUGGUCCCCAUUAUGCAUGCACUGCUUCUCGAUUUGCCGGAAUUCUUUGAGGAUAGCAUGGGUCAGUGGAUGGGAGUCUUCCACCAACUCCUCCAUCUCGACCCACAAAUCACGGAGUUAAUUAACUCCUCUGCAGCCACCGCUGAUGCCAUAGGGGACACCUCGUCGGCAGGUACCUUAGUGGAACAAGUGAAAUCUCAGGUUUGCGACAAUAUCACUCUCUACGCCACCAAAUAUGCCUCCGAUUUCACUAACUACCUCUCCGAGUUUGUGAAGGAUGUCUGGGAGAUGCUCAUUUCUAUGAAGAACACACAGGAUCCCAAGUAUGACACGCUCAUCGGUAAUGCGCUGGAUUUUCUCAGCUCGGUUGUCUCGCGUCCCCAGCACAGGGCCCUUUUUGAGGUUCCGGAGACCUUACAAAAGCUUUGCGAACUCAUCGUUUUGCCCAACAUCCAGCUCUCGACUAACGACGAAGAGAUGUUUGAAGAUUCCCCUGAGGAGUAUAUCCGCCGAGAUUUGGAGGGUUCCGACGCCCACACGCGUCGUCGAUCGGCCUGCAACUUGGUCUACGCUCUGUGCGAAGCCUUCGAGGGUCCUGUUAUCGACAACUUUGCACGCUACAUAAACCACUUGUUGACGGAGUACGCUAACGCCGUCUCAGCCAUAACGACCAACAGUAAUAGCAACAGUGUAGCUGGAAACAGAAGCGUGCCUAUGACAGGUUGGAGUAGCAAGGACUCUGCCCUCCUCCUUGUCACUUCUCUGGCUGCUAAGGGCAAAACGGAAAAAUUUGGUGUCACUUCCUCCUCGAGACUGGUGGACAUCCCAAAUUUCUUUGAGACCCACGUCCUUCCAGAGCUGCAAAAUCCCAAUGUCGAUCAACUGCCAGUGAUAAAAGCGGACUGUCUGCGUUAUGCCAUCACCUUCCGCGGCAUCUUGCCCUCCGCGGCAAUCCUGAAUCUCUUCAAUCUUGUGCCCAACUUCCUCACCGCGUCCUCCGUUGUUGUUCACAGCUAUGCUGCCGUUCUUCUCGAAAAAUUCCUGCUCAUGACCAUCCCAGAUCGUCCCAUUCUCACGCCUUUGAUCAACAAAUCCGAUGUAAUUAACCCCGAGGUUCUCAUUCAACGCUGUCUCGAAGCGCUUUCUAGACCUGCGUCGUGUGAGAGCGUCUAUCUCAUGCGAGCCCUCCUUCGAAUCUGCAGUUGCCUGGAGGACCGAUGUUUACCCUCCAUGAACUCGCUUGUUACCGCUCUUGUCACACGACUGGGUCAGAUGAUCAAGAAUCCUUCCAAGCCGCAGUUCAAUCACUUCCUCUUCGAGUCGCUCUGUCUUUGUGUACGGCUGACGUGUGCUGCAGAUCCCUCUUCUAUUGCGCACUUUGAAUCGGCCCUCUUCAUGAUUUUCCAGGAGAUUCUCCAACAAGAUAUCACAGAACUGUUCCCUUACGUCUUCCAACUGCUCGCAGUGAUGCUGGAGCAAUAUCCUCUGGGUUCCAAUGUGCGUGAGUUGUGCUCACAGAAGAGGAAGAUGGCAGGCUUGGAGGCAGAGCCACAACCGACAUCUUUACCUACUCCGAAUGUGGCCUAUCAGGCCCUUCUGCCGCGUCUCCUAGUCCCUCCCCUCUGGGAAACACAGGGUGCUGUCAUGUCACUUGCACGUCUCAUGCAGGCCUACCUUCUGCACAAUAUGGAAGCUGUUCUGGCAACUAAUAAGAUGGAUGCUAUACUUGGUGUGUAUCAGCGACUCCUGACCUCCAAAACCAACGACGUUUAUGCCUUCACAAUCAUCUCCGCCUUUCUGCUUGCCUUUCCGCGAACCUUUCUGGAGCCCUUCCUCCCGCAAAUCUUCAUUUGCAUUUUCCAACGUCUUCAAACCGCUAAGACGGAAAAGUUCAUGCGAUGUGAUUUCACAUUGCCUUCUUUUGUGCAUUUCUUUUCCUGUUUGACCGCUUUCCUGGCGUACUUUGUCCUCAUAUUUGGUGCCAAUGAUCUGGUAAGAAUUAUGGACCAGGUGCAGAAUAGGAUAUUCUCCAAAGUCCUCGCGAAGGUCAUCCUUCCUCACGCCGAAUUGGCCAUCUCUUUACCCGUGGGGCUGAUCAAUCCCACGUUUGUCCUCACUGCUCACAGCAAUGCGGGGGAUGCGCAUGCCAAUUUGGCAACAAAGGGUGCGGAUAGCGGCUACGCCAGCCUCUCCUCUUCCAGCUUCUCCCAUCUGGCCCGCGAGGAGUGGCGCGUGGUGAGUGUGGGUCUCACCACUUUGUGCACUCAGGCAGAGGCGAUCUGCAAUCCCACUGAUGCCAUCGCCUCCGCACCCUCCACAUCCUACCACGCGGACGCCUGGAUACCACUUGUUCAAGCUAUUCUUGCUGGGCUGGCCGCGGGACCGGCGAGGUGCGGACAACUUGCGGCUGACGCCGCUGUUGCUGCUGCCACCUCUGCGGCUACUAACACCUCCACUCCGGUCUUUUCAGACGAACGAUUCACUGAUGUUGCUGGAGAUUCGGCCUCCUUUACAUUGGUAUUUGCCACGCCGAAGAUGCCCAAUCUUUGCCCCGGUGUCGUGGAUCCGCGGGUUCACUUUGCGAAGAGUCUAGAGACCCUAUCUCGACGUUAUCCCAGCAAGAUUUCUGCCCAAUUGCGAACCAAGUUGACUGACGGCGCCAAGAGCGUUUUGGAGGCGUACUUCACUCAAUCAAUGGUACGACUGGAGUGA